UGUUAUUCCCGCCAUUUAUAUCAUCACAAAUUUCUCUCUCUCUCUCUCUCUCGUUGAUGCUCGCAUUCCGGCCAUGCUUCUUCAAUCCACCACUCUGCCGCCCCAUUUCCGUUAAAGUUCUCUCCUUUUUCGCAUUUCCUUCUUCUCUUUCCUCUCACAUUCUCUCUCUCCCUUUCCCCCAUCGCACAAUGACCAAACCACCCUCCGCCUUCGACGCUCUCAUGUCCGGUGCUCGCGCUGCCGCCGCCGCCGCUGCCAAGAAGAAGAAAUCCGAGCAGUCGCAGCAACCAACUGUUUCUUCUCCCAAGAAACGAAAACCUUCACCCUCCACUCUCCCCACUCCAACCUCCACGCUAAACCCUAACGACCCCAAACCCUCCGAAACCGUUCCUACGCCAACGAGUGACCCGCCCAAGCAAGAACCGGAGAAAGAAGGCCCUCCUCCGACCAAGACUCGCCACGUGUCUUCUUCAUCUGCCUUGCAGGAGCUGAAGAAGCGCAUUCCGCAGCUGAAGGCGAAGCCUUCGAAAUUCGAUCCUAGCUCAGUGGCUUGUUGGGAGAAGGGCACGCCUGUGCCGUUCUCGUUGCUGGCUUUGGCGCUUGAAAUGAUUUCUGCGGAACCUGGCAGAAUCAAGAUGACAGAUAUUGUGUGCAAUUUGAUGAAGACUGUGAUAUACUCUACCCCUGAGGAUCUUGUGCCUCUGAUUUAUCUCUUCGCGAAGAGGGUUGCUCCGGCGCAUGAAGGGCUGGAAUUGGGAAUUGGCGAGACUUCGAUUAUUAAGGCACUUGCUGAGGCAACUGGAAGUACUGAAUCCAAAAUCAAGAAGCAGUAUCAGGGCGAGGGUGAUUUGGGAAGAGUUGCCAAGAUAUGCCGUUCAUCUCAGUCCAUGAUGCGGAAGCCUGAGGCUCUGACUAUUAGGAAAGUUUUCAACACCUUCCGUCUUAUUGCCAAGGAAUCUGGAAGAGACAGUCAAAAGAAGAAAAAGAAUCAUAUAAAGGCACUUCUUGUUGCUGCAACUGACUGCGAACCUCAAUAUCUUAUCUGUCUUCUACAGGGAAAAUUGCGGAUUGGUGUGGCUGAGCAAACUCUCUUAGCUGCAUUAGGCCAAGCAGCAGUACAGAGUGAAGAACAUUCUAAACCACCUGAUGGCAUUAAGUCUCCUUUGGAAGAGGCUGUAAAAAUUGUUAAACAAGUCUACUCUGUUCUUCCUGUCUACGACGAAAUAGUAUCUGCACUUCUUACGCAUGGUGUAUGGAAACUUCCAUCAACAUGUAAUUUUACUCCUGGUAUUCCAGUUGGACCUAUGCUGUCAAAACCAACGAAGGGUAUCUCUGAUAUUCUAAAUUCAUUGCAAGAUGUGGAGUUUACUUGUGAAUACAAGUAUGAUGGAGAGCGUGCCCAGAUACAUUACAUGGAAAAUGGUUCAGUUGAGAUUUAUAGUAGAAAUGCUGAGCGGAAUACUGGGAAGUUUCCUGAUGUUGUUGCUGCAAUUUCAAGGUUAAAGAAAUCAACUGUAUCAUCAUUUGUUCUUGAUUGUGAAAUUGUUGGAUAUGAUCGUGAGAAACAGACCAUCCGUUCCUUCCAGGAUCUUACUACUCGGCCUCGUAAAAAUGUAUCUGUGGAUAAUAUAAAGGUUGACGUCUGCAUAUUUGCUUUUGAUAUACUGUAUCUUAAUGGCCGAGUACUUCUUCAGGAUAACCUGAAAAUCCGUAGAGAGCAUCUUUAUGCCUCUUUUGAAGAAGAAACUGGAGUUUUUCAGUAUGCAACGGCAAUAACAUCAAAUGACAUUGAGGAAAUUCAGAAAUUUCUCGACAAAGCUGUUGCGUCAAGCUGUGAGGGAUUAAUCAUUAAAACUUUAAGUGAAGAUUCUACAUAUGAACCUUCCAAUCGGUCACACAAUUGGCUAAAACUGAAGAAAGAUUAUCUGGAUAACAUAGGGGACUCACUAGAUUUGGUACCUAUAGGUGCAUUCUACGGACGUGGGAAACGUACAGGAGUCUAUGGUGCUUUUCUUCUUGCUUGCUAUGACUACAAUAACGAAGAAUUUCAAAGUAUUUGUAAGAUUGGAACGGGAUUUACUGAAGACGUGCUCGAACAGCGUUCUAAAAGUCUUGGUUCUCAAGUGAUUCCUGGGCCAAAGCGAUACUAUCAAUGUGGAGAUAAAAUGAAGCCUGAUGUCUGGUUUGAAGCUAGUGAGGUGUGGGAGGUGAAAGCUGCAGAUUUGACCAUUAGCCCAGUUUACCGAGCUGCAGUGGGCAUAGUAGAUUCAGAUAAGGGCAUAUCUCUUAGAUUCCCACGGCUAGUUCGAGUUCGACCUGACAAAACACCCGAGCAGGCCUCAUCAUCUGAGCAGGUUGCUGAGAUGUAUAAUGCUCAAAAAGCCGCUCAAACUAAAGAAAAAGAAAAAGAAAAAAACAAACAGGAUGGUAGUGAGUCACCAAAAAAACAGAUUGGCAGUGAGUCACCAAAAAAACAGAUUGGCAGUGAAGACAAAGACGAAGACGAAGUCGCAGAUGAAGAUGAAGAUGAAGAUGUAGAUGUAGAUGCAGAUGAAGAUGAAGAUAAGUGAGGGCUGCUGUCAUACGCUGUUGUACCAAUAGAAUCUCAGCAUUUUUGCUGAUCAUCCAAUGUUAGUCUAAUGUGCAGAGGCAAAUUCUUUACAUAUAAGCAUAUGUAGAGAUCACAGUUGCUCAUUUUUCAUAAAUUGAAAAUUUAGCUUGCAAUGUGGAAUUGGCAUUUGCGUCAAAUUACAUUGUUAUUGGGAUAAUCUUGGGAAGUUUCCCUUCCCUGUUCAUGUAGCGGCUAGUAGUGUUAACUUGUAUAGAAAUUUUGUUUCCCCUUUGACAAGUUAAGGCUGCUUAGUAAUUUGCACAUGGUCUUGGCAUCUUCAAUUUUUAGAGCUAAUUCUGCCA